GUGCGUGUGUUUAUGUCAUGCUCACGAAAUUUGUUCGUAAAACCCGUGGAUAUUCGACAAAGGCAUGCUACGGUAUAAUUAUUGCUUUACUCAUAUGCCUGCGCAUAGACCUUGAUCUUAUGCAUGCUAAUUUGUUAGGAUUUAUACGUAGCGCUGCGUUAUCCGAUAACAAUGCAUUAAUCAAAUGGCGAUUACAAUUGGUCGUUCGGCGUUUAUGGAAUGAGUAAAGUAGGUUAAGUUCAUAUAUUUUGAGAAUUAUUUGUGACCACGUUGAGAUAUCUUCGUAAUUUGCUGGUGUCACUUGUGUGUGUCGCUGAAGUAUGAAAAUACUUGUCGCAUUGUUAUGUUAUCUCGCGUUGUCACAUCAAUAAUAAUAUUACUAUUAUUAUUACUUUAUUAAGCGGUAAUAGAAAUUAAUACAGACGUUAUAAUAUUAUACGUAAUAAGUGAGUUAUACUUAAGAGGACGGGGCGACAGUUUUUUCUCUUUUCUUUAGCAACAGUAUAAACUGAUGAAAUUGUGUACGUCACUUGAAUUUGACCACUAUAUUUGAGUAAUACACUUAAUUCCUCUAUCUUGCGUAUCACCUUUACACUGUAUGACAUUAUUGAUUGUUAAAAAUAGAUCGAAUAAUUAUUUCUUGCGGGAAAAAUUUCAAUUUUAGAAAUGCGGCGAUAAAUUAGACGACGUCGCGAACAAAAAGAUUCGCUCGACGAUUCCGAUGUCCGCGAUAAUCGAAAGAAGGUCUGAGGUUCUCAUCAAACGCUGCGAUUUCAUAUAAAGUUUCGUAAAUGGAAUACUUAAUAAAUUAUGAUCCGCGAUCCUUAGGCGGGGGAUCGAUAUGAUGCACCUCGCUUCUUUAUUAAUGCCAGCCUCUCUAGCGAAUCGUUGGCUUAAUCGCACGCUGACCUUACACCUUACCGGUUUCGUGAAACAUGCAAGAUUACCACGACAGUUCGAUCAGUGUUUCGAUCACCGGACGAGCAUUCCGGCAAAUUGGCGGAUUGUAAAUCACAGCACGUUCUGCACGCGUCUUGUUAAAUUUAUGAAUCACACGCGAGCCUUCGUGAUCGACGAUCGAUGAGAACCUUUCUCCAACGAAACAAAAGGCGACGCGAUCAUCGUAAAAUCGACACGACAAUCCGACACGCUCCUUCCUGCCGUUGUAAACAGCAACGUGGCAAGGUGUGCGCGAUGCACUUGGCGUGCAGGCGGACACAUUUCUACGACUGUCUGCCCAUAAAAUACUGGCAACACGACGAUAAAUUUUCGGUGGCUCUCUCUUUCGUGCACGCGCGGCCGGAUGAGUCUCCUUUGUAACCAGCAAAGUUAACAUUUCGAGCUCGACGGCAUUCGCCGACGAAGAGACCGACGUAACGUCGCGAUGCCGAGUGCGCCUGAAAAGAUAACGUUGGGUCUAUGCUAGACACCGAGAUAACUUCUCUCGUAAGUAACACGCGAGGAUAUCCUCGAGGGAUAAGUGUCAUUUCGCGGGAGGAAUAGCGCUCAUUUCUUUAUCUUACGUCCUGCAGUAUUCAUAUCGAGGGAACAUACAUAAUUAAGAACAAGUGCUAACGUUUGAUUAGUUACUAUGCAGAGCAUUUUUCUUAAAGUAAUUAAGAUAAGGAGCGGGAUAAUUAAUUACAAAUAGUGAACACUCGGGAGAAAUAUCAGAAGUACGUGAUAUGGUUGCAAUAUCAAAGCGUUUCUCGCGUGCCGAAUCAUAUACUGCGGAUUUUUAUGUUGGGACUUUUAUUAGCCAUGUUAGCUUGCUCUAAUCGAAUUGAUGAAAAAUUACGAAUAAUAACGAAGGAACGCGAGAAAAAAACGCAUUGACUCUAAUGAUAACCUCUCUUUUUGAUGUUCGCAAAAUAUCCGUCGUAAGAGAAGAAAAAAUAAUGUGAGGGAACUUUAAAAAAUCAACCUUUAGAAAAUCAAUAUGUCCUUGAAAGAGGAGGACAAAACAGCAAGCCGAGAGUUUGGGAUGUAUUUGAGGCUUUGCGUGCGCGUGUUCGCGAAAAGGGGUGCGGAUUUAGACGAAAAAAAUUUAUUUCCCUUGCCUAGUUGAAUGAGGAGGGAACAAGCGAGUAUUUGAUUCGGCGCAUGUAGGUCGAUUAAAAUAAUUGCGGUGUUCUCGUGUAAUCUAUAUCGAACGUCAGCAUGAGACGAAACUUUUUACCUGAUUAAUUUCACGAUCGCAAGAUGAACGCCGGAUAAGGGUGUUUCCAAGGAAAUUCUCUUUCUAUUCUCCGGGAAACGCGGAAAGCGUCAACGCUAUGUCCGAAUUUUCCAAACUGAUCGAUUUCGUGUGUAAUUCAACGAGGCUUGUUUAAAGCUCACUGUCGGUAUAUAUGAUAGUAUAUAAUGGGAAUAGAUGCUGAGCGAUAACGAUGCAAAACAGAACGCUUCGAAGGAUCGUUUCCGGGUGGUAGCCCAAAAGGGAAUCAAGCUGUGGCGGGUUAAUAAAUCUGGCCGACAAUGUUCGCGCAGUGACGCGACCAGGGGUAGUUAGUAGAACGUAACAGCGUCUAACCACGGCGUCUUUCGCGGCGAUCGAAGUUGAGCUCAGCGAGCCAGCCAGCCAGCCAGCCAGUCAGCUCUGCUCAGAUUCUCAAGGAAAGCGGUAAGGUAACCACCUUACGGUAGAGCAUUUUCUGCUUUAGUGGUGGCAGCACGUAGGGGGUUACGUAGUGGGGGUACUUAGAAGGCUUAAAAGGCCUUCCGACGUCCUUGUAACACGCAGUCUUGGAAUCAAACAUACUUAGUAUUCCGUGUAAGUGAAACGAAAGUGCGAGGAGUACUUUCGGCUCUAACCCUCUGACGGCGCAUCGUUGACCGACUAUACUUUUGUCGCGGUGAACUUUCGACUGAUGUGCAAACAGAGAUUAAUUCGUCGGGAAGAUACAUCGUCAUAGGGAAGCUUCCCCAUCAGGGAAGGAGUUUGUAGACGAAGUAGAGCAAAGAUCCCCACAGAAGAAAAGAAACGGUUCUCUUCCUUGAAUCAUCCCUUUCUUCGCUGCGACCCGGAUUUGUGAUUUGUGAUCGUACAAGUGAUUAUCGAUUGAAACAUUAUUCGCGUCACGAUCAAUCAAAAAACCAUGAGAGGCGGAAUGGGUCUCCGGAUAAUUAUAUCAAUUUUAUUGGCCAUCUCAAUAUUCUCGCCGCCGAUGUCUGCUGCCCUCACGACUUUCGGCAAGACCAACCCGCAGAAUCAAAACCCGCCACCGCCCCCUACACCAGUUGGAAAAGCUCGAGAAUGCAAGAUGCACAGCGAUUGUAUCGGAAUUCAAAACACCUCGUGUAUGUCGGAUUCCCAGAAUGGAAGAACUCGAUGUCUUUGCGGCGAUUAUUCGCCGCCAGUCAACGGUGCCUGCACUAAUAAAUUCAAAGCACUUCAUGUGUCCUGCAAUGACGAUACAGAAUGCAUAGAUGACGCUCACUGUGUUCAACACAACACUACUUUGGGAAAACGCUGUUACUGUCAAGAUGGAUUCUACGAAGAAUCCAAAAUGUUUUGCAACGGUUGCUCAUCAAUCUUCACGUUGUACACGACGACUCUUCUGGCUGGUUCGCUGGUGCUAGGAAAACUUAACUAUAUCUAAAUCUCUCUGCGAUAUAUUUCAAAACAAUAUCUCGACAAUUCCUAAAUUCAUACAAAGGCACACGAUAGAAAACGAUCAUUUAUAAAAGUGUCAACGUUUCCGUUAAUUUGACGAAAGCGUUUUAGCAGAACGUGUACGUUCAAAUUAGAAGGUUGACGAACGUUCAUGUGUCAAAUAGCCACGAAUUCUGACUAGAUUCCGACUAAGUAAUGAGUCCUAGUAAUUGCGCACUUUCUCUCAGUUUUAUAGAUUUCUCCGUAAAACAAUUUUUUUCUUAACAAAAAUUUGAUAAAUGCCAUUUUGUUUUAACGAAGACUUGCGUAAAAUGUUAAGCUGCUUACAUGUUUGCGGAGACUUCGAAGUCUCGUAAUUGUUGGUAACAUAAAAAAAAGAAGUCACCGAUUUCUUCACAUUAAGGCAAUCGCCAUCCUUCCCAUUUUGCUUUUUAUCUAUUGUGAUUUAAAACAAGUGCGUGAUUUCUAGGACAGAAUUUAAGAUGCUUUAUGUUACAAGCGUACGCGGAAAAUCUCGAAUUUUCUUAUUCGUCUUUAAUAUGGAAAAUUAAGAUCAUUUUCACAUUCGAUUAUUUGAUGGGUAAUAUAUUCAUUUGCAAUAAAGAAAAUGCGCCUAACAUUGCAACCAAAUCGCAGGGAAACAUUAAAACUAAAUCAAAUUCCUUCUAUAGGAGCUCCGAAUUAUUCGGUGCUUUCGUCUAUCGUUAACUUUGAAUCUGUAUAAAUAAACGAUGACUCAAAUAAGAAGCAUCGUCAAUUUUAUCUUAAAGCGUACUACUAAAAGUUUGAUCUGGUUACCAAUUUAUACGUAGCUUAUAUUCAUGAUCAAGUCGGCAAGCCGAACGUUAAUUCUGAACCACCUGUAUGCGAACAAUUAUCAAUUAAUUAAUCCUAAAUAUAAGCACUGAUCCUCCGUAUUCAUGUAUAUUCUCGAUACAUUGAGUAUCUUAACGUAAUUGAUAUUGAAGAAAAAAGAAAGUGUUACAGUCGUUGUGCAAAAAGAGUACAAUUGAGGGAAAUAGUUCAAAUAAACAUAUUCCACGCAAAUUUUAUCUUAUCGCGUGAUCUAUCAUUUGAUUACUAUUACCAUAUCCAGAUUUCCAUGUUGUGUUUCACCAGAGAUCAUAGCAUGAAUACGGAAGAUUAAAACAGUACGUUUACACGUUAAUGCACGUAAAACUUAUUGUUAGAUCCAUACUCUGGCUGUUUUUAAAACCUGAAAUAAUAGAGAGUGACGCUUUGAUAGAAAAUUUUUGUACAUAUUUAGGCAUCGCGUUUCGAUUGCACCAAUUAAUAAGAACGUUCGGAUGCGCACAAACUGAUAUAUCUAAUAUGAUUUAUUCUGAUGUAUUUCCCACAACAUGCAGAACUUGUAAAGUAGAGAAAAAAAUCUUAGAACGACAUAAUUCAACAGUAAAUCACGUAAAAUUGUCCAAAUAUUCCAGACUUCUAAUUUUAAGGUUCAGAAACGAUCAAUCAAUCAAGCAAUCUAACUCAAUGUUUUAUCAAACUCAAUGAUCGAUAUCAAUCUCGUCUUAAUACAGUUGAACUGCAAAUCGAUAUAUGCGGUAUAAUACGCUUCGGUGUCGGAAUAACGAUCGAAUUAACAUAUAUAAAGAUCUUUUCGUGAGAAAUAAAAUAAAAUUCUGCCAAUGAUGCCUUAAUUACUAAAUGUAACUGCACAUGACAAAUGUAAUAUGUAAUUAUUUCUGCUGUUGUAUACUUAAUAGUCGUAGAAGUCUAUCGCAGUGCGUGUUUAAUUUAAUAUAAGUAUCUUUUGUAAACUUUGUAAUAUGAUAUUAGUCAAGAAUACUUAGAAUUAUUGUCCUUGCUCUAAUAUCGUUUCAUAUACUUAAAUAUUUUGCGCACAAAUAAAUCUUUGAAUCUUUUCGAAAUA